AUGACAGUUUUCAUCCACUUGCAGGAACUAAAACCACCAAUCGGCGUGUUUCUUGAUCCUGAGGAGGUUCCCGGUGAAGAGGUUAACCAGGCAGACGAGGACCCUUUGGCCUGGGACACAGAAACCUUACGUUGCAAAAGCGAGAAGACUGCCGGUGGAGAAUACGACACAGCAGGUGACUUCUUAGAUUCAAGAAGUCCUGUGCGCAAGGAACAUUCAGCAGAGUCGCAGUUCCUGAAGCUAAAUAUCGCAAAGCAUGUAGACGAACAAUCCGUCUGUGGUAGGAGUUUGUCAGAAAGUAGGUGUGAAAUUCGGGUUGAGCAGAAUGAGGACGGUGGCAAUGAAAAAAGUUUUAAGAGAGGGCUGAUACAGAUCCAAAGCGCUGAUAGUUCUCAUCAGUGUUUUCACUGCCUAAAGUGUUUCACACAGAGGACUCAUUUAGUUGAUCACAUGCAGAUCCACAGCGGUAAACGUCCUCACAAAUGUUCCGUGUGUCAAAAGAAUUUUAGGAAAAGCAGUUCUUUAGUUUACCAUAUGCGGACCCAUAGCGGUGCACGCCCUUAUGAAUGCUCUGUCUGCGAAAAGAAAUUCAAACAAAAAAGUGAUUUAGUUAAACACGUGCGGAUCCACAGCGGUGAACGUCCUCACAAAUGUUCCGUCUGCCAAAAGUGUUUCAGACUGCGGUCUUGUUUGGUUGAGCACCUGCGAAUCCACAGCGAUGAGCGUGCUCACACAUGUUCUGUGUGCCAAAAGAGUUUCACAAGUAAAAGUGUUUUAGUAAAGCACAUGCGGAUUCACAGCGGGGACCGCUCUCAUAAAUGUUCCGUUUGCCAAAAGUGUUUCGCCCAGAGGAGUAUUUUAGUUAACCACAUGCGGAUCCACAGCGGGGAACGCCCCUAUAAAUGUUCCGUCUGCCAAAAUAGUUUCAAACAGAGGUCUUGUUUGGUUGUGCACAUGCGGAUCCACAGCGAUGAGCGUCCUCAUAAAUGUUCCGUCUGUCAAAAGAGUUUUAGACUGAGGACUACUUUAGUUGAGCACCUGCGGGUCCACAGCGGUGAGCACCCUCAUAAAUGUUCCGUCUGCCAAAAAAGCUUCACUCGGAGAAGUAAUUUAAUUAAACACGUGCUGAACCACAGGAGUGGGUUCCCUCAUCAAUGUUCCGUCUGUCAAAAGUGUUUCAGAGAGACCAGUCUUUUAGUUAGACACAUGCGGAUCCACAGCGGUGAACGCCCUUACAAAUGCUCCGUUUGCAUAAAGAGUUUCACCGAGAACCAUAUUCUAGUUAAGCACAUGCGGAUCCACAGCGGUGAACGCCCAUACAAGUGUUCCAUCUGCACGAAGAGUUUCGCAGAGAGCGAUAUUUUAGUUAGGCACCUGCGGAUCCACAGCGGUGAGCGUCCUUAUAAAUGUACUGUCUGCCAAAAGUGUUUCACAGAGAAAGGUCAUUUAGUUAGACACAUGCGGAUCCACAGCGGUGAACGCUCUCAUACAUGUUCCGUCUGCCAAAAGAGUUUUACAGAUAGUGGUCAUUUAGUUAGACACAUGCGGAUCCAUAGCGGUAAACGCCCUUACAAAUGUUCCGUCUGCCUAAAACGUUUCACAGAGAGCGGUAGUUUAGUGAAGCACCUGCGGAUUCACAGUGGUGAACGUUCUUAUAAAUGUUCUGUCUGCCAAAAGAGUUUCACAGAGAAGGGUCAUUUAAUGAGACACAUGCGGAUCCACAGUGUUGAACGCUCUUAUGAAUGCGCGGACUGCCAGAAGAGGUUCACAAAUAAACGCAAUUUAGUUACCCACAUGCGGAUCCACAGUAUUGAACGCCCUCAAAAUGUUCCGUCUGCUAAAAGAGUUUCACAGAAAGCGAUAGUGUAGCUAAUCACUGGUGAAUCCACGGCGGUGAACGCCCUUGUGACUGUUCGGUCUGCCCGAUAAGGUUCACGAUGAAAAGUCUUUUAGUUAACUGCAAUCAUGUCCACACCGAUAGGCGCCCUCAUAAAUGUUCCACCUGUGAAAAAAAUAACAGAAACUAUUGCCAAGAGAGCCUCACAGAAGAUAAAUAACAAGUACACUACCAAGGUUGGUGAAACAUUUUACACGUGAAAAGUUCGUCUGCGGGAAAAAGAUAAAACGGAGAAGUAAUGGUGUUGCACACAACAAUGCAUAGUAGGAUGCAGCAAAACAGAUUUUCCCGGAGAAUUUAAUUCGACUUAAGUCGAUUCACAGCGAUGAAUGUGUAUACUCUGCCAAAAGAGAUCUAUCGCGCUAUUUAUUUUAAUUAAUUUCAGGUGGGGUAUUCUAUGCCAAGCGGAAGAAAAAUUAAAAUCACGAUUUUUAUAUUUUUGUACAUUAUUUAGAACUAAAUAAUGAGAUCCGUGUUUUUUAAAAAUCGUUAAAUGCUAUUCUCUCCGAAGUUAUGAUUUUUUAAAAUUUGGCGGACAAAACGUAAUUUUGAGCGCAUAUCUCCUGAUUUUGAUUUGUAAAAAAUACUGUUUACUUGAGAAUCUUAAUCACAAUUUCACUGAAAAGAUUAUAAAAUUCUUAUUUGUUUAACACACAUUAAUGCUUUUAGAGCAGGCAUAUGGUAUGUAGUCAUAAAUAAGAAAAAAAUUAUCCUUUCUUAUUUAGUAGGCAUCAAGAUAUUUCGUUGCCCAUUUUUAUGACAAUAUAUUUUAAAUACUCUACGCGCAUGAAAAUAAUAGAGGAUGGAGAAGCCAUUGGUAGCGAUGAUUUUUUGUUUGUUCUGGAGCGCAUUCGACCCAUCGUGGAAAGGUCACAUUUCUGAUCGUGCGCCUUCUCCUCGCUGAGUUUUGACGAACAGUGCUGCAGGUAUAGGGAAGUAUGUGGAGCAGUGUGAGCUGUUGGCAGUUUUAUUUCCAAAGUCUUAAUUCUUUGUUGCAUCGCAGAGGUCUCACUCAGUCACCGGUGCUUGUUACUUGAAGGUUGUGCAGUCUCCCAGUAUGGGGGAUGGAAAAGAUCUGAAUUCCUUGUUUUGAAGUGAGUCGGUCUGAAGUGUAAACGUGUACACUGAUAGUUCUUUCAUAAAAGUAGAGAAGUGUUUAAGUGUCUCGCACCAAUGUUUUUUUCAAUUCUUUUAAAUUACAAAAAGUUGCAAGGAAACGUGCUGCCAAUCUUGAGACAAGUGAUUUCAACGAUAUUAGAAAACUUAAAUGGAACUGAUAUAUAAAUGUGCCCCGGAUUUAAAAGUAUGUGAUUCAUGACGGUGGCAAACUUCGAAAAUGGUGAUCAGUGGAUCUAGUCAUUAAGACGACGGUAAAAGUGGAAAAUCGGCGGUUCCAGGCACAUCAACAGACCUGGGCAGUGACUAAAUUAUCCAUUCAUGUAAUUAGCCAAUUGAAGACGCAAUCCAAGGAGUUUGCUGGUACAACGAGCACGUUACGCGGCAUCCAUUUAUUACAAAGGGAGCACAGAAACUAAGAACACGUUUGUUGCUAUUUCGGAAAAUUUAAAACACGAUACCACAGCCUCUCAUUUAUUCCAGAGUCAUUAAUGGAAUUUAUGAAAGAGAGAUCAUGCUGUUGAGGAUAAAGCUGAUGAAACUUGAUUUGCAAUUACUCGAAGGAUAUCUGGCACAAAUUCACUUCAGGCAUUUCUAAUGGACUAAAAAAGAACAACAAUUAAAAUUUUUUUUUCAAAAUCUGAGUGCGCACCUAGCACCUGCUUCCCGAGAUACGUAGGUUAGUAGUAAAUAUGCUGUUACUUCAUUGCCACAUGCUUCAUUGUUUUUCCGUCUUGAAAAAUAGCUUACAAAAAUAGAAUUGUAUCUAGUUAUAUUUGGUGUGUAGAAAAAUGAUUUAUUUUGUGGUUAAAAGUUUUAAAAUUGCGUUCAUGUAUUUUUCAAAAAUCAUUUAAAACAAUUUUUAAAAUGAUUUUU